UGAAAACAGAAUAGCCUGGCCUUUUCUUUUUGCCUUAAGAACAGGACUCAUGUUUAAGAAUGGACAUGCAGAAGGGGCCUGUCAUGCGGAGUCCUCCCUGUCUUCUCCUGCUGUUCCAAGCUGUAGCAGCUGUUCUCUCUGCUUCUUUCCAGACACCACCUAAACUCCAGAAAAAUUUAGAGGAUCGAGUGUUCUUGGAUGACUCAGUGGCACACAGAUUCCUGAGCCGUAAGCCUCUUUACAACCACUGGGAUUUUGAGCUGAUUGUCCCAGAUAAUCUGCAGCGUGAAUGCAUCGAAGAAGUUUGCAACUAUGAGGAAGCCCGUGAAGUCUUUGAAGACGACAUUAAAACAAAACAGUUUUGGGAGACUUACCCACACAAUGGGAAAGGAGGAGCAAGCACCCCAGGUGUGGAUGUGGCUGGCUUGGUGGCAGGCCUCAUAGCAGCAUUGGUUUCUACCGUCAUGUUUGUGGUCGUGGCAAUGUAUUGUGUCAAAUACCGUGCAAAGGAGAGGAGACGGUCCAGGACUCAAGACCACUUGUAUCCUGAGGUGCCCCUUGCUAACUUUGAUGAGGAGCCAAAGCCUGAGACUGCGCCGGGGCUUCCAUCCUACGAGCAAGCAAUGGAAUCUUCAGGAGUGCAUGAUGCACCACCUCCACCUUACAACAGGAGCAGUACCAACUUGGCCCCUACGACUUGAUUUGUCAACUGCAGGAACAAUAUUCCUGGGAAACCUGCUGCACUCAUUUGUAUGUCACUAAAAGACACUGUACAUGCACAUGCAACAAAGCUAGUGGACAACUGGACACAAAUGUGAAAACACGUGACACUGACAAAUAUGUAUUGGAUAUAUGCACUCUAUAGAGACUGAGUGAUAUGUGUCGAGUGUGCAGCAGAGUCGCCUUACAUUGUCUGAGAGACAAAAACUUGAAACUGUUAAGUGUGGAUAUUAUGGAUAUUCACUGCACUGGUAUGAAAAUUAAUCACCAUUUUGCACAGAUUUCUAGCCCAAAUUCCUUCAUCACCAGCUGCCUCACAUUAAACAAGGUUUGGUGUAUAUAUAUAGCUUUAUCUAUUGUCAUGGCAUUAGCUAGACUAAGUGUGGAUAGCAAUGAUGAGUCUGUUUCAGGGUAAAUAACUAUGCUUGAAAAAUGAUCAGAAAAUUCGGAGCCUGAACAGUGAAUCUUAAAGCCCAAGACAGUGUCAUCUUAAAGUCCAAGACAGUGUAAGCUUCUGUGUGCUGUUCUGUUCAAGUGAAGAUGUGAAAUAUUUGCCCGUGACUGGCAUGCAGUAAUUGGCUAGGUCUGACAUACAUUCUGGUAACCUAAGCUUCUGCUCCUGGUCUCUUCAAGAGCAGUGCCUGCCUGCUAUGGAUACUGAUGUUCUUAACCUAGAGAGCACACCCUUCCAUGUCUAAAAAUGUAGGAAGCUGCUUUAUAACAGGCCCGGCUAUUUAUCUAUGUAGCAUGCUAUUAUCUGAUCGGACUUGGCAGUGCUUCUACAGGGUUUCAGUCAGGAAAAGGGUUUUACAUCAUGGUUACCUCACCCUUAAAAGAAAAAUCUGGAAGAAACUGAACCUGGGAGCAAUUGCAUGCAAAGUAUGUGCUUCUCCACAAAGCCAUGAUCUCUCCCCAUCUAUGAUGUUUCAGGAUGUCCUUCCUUUAUCCUUCCAUUCCUACACUAGGAAUGUAGUUAUGAAGGGGAGUUAAGAUGAGGACAUUAUCCUCCCAAAUAAGAAUUCUUCCCCCUCUCCCUUCAGUCUCCAAAUUUCUGCAAUUGCAGUAUCUUUAUGAUUCAGCCGAGCAUUUAGAAAUACAGUUUAGAUAUCCAAAUAAAAGGGCAGAGUUACCAACAGAGUUUUCUAAACACACCCAAGUGUUCUAGGUGUGAAUGAUCUACAGUGUAUCACUUUGCAAUACUAGGUAAUUGGGGAAUGAAAUAAAAUUUCAUUUUGUAGAGGAGAAUUCUUAUUGGAGGAAAAGACAUUAUGACUUCUCCCCCAUAAUUAUACCCAUGACCCCACUCCAGGUAUUUUUAAGUACAAAAAGCAGUGAAUAUGCAAGAAAUGCAGUGUGCGUGCCUUAAGAUGGCAUGGGGAAGGAUGUUUGUGAAAAUGUCUGUAUCAGUUGUAGGAAGUAUGGUACUGUUACUGUGGUGCAACUGUGCAAGAACAGAAGAGCCAGACCAAAUGCUUUUAUAUGCACUUCUAGUAACUGUAGUGCACAAAACUGCAUGGGAUAAGUGUGAGUGUAUAACAAAUUGUGCAAAAUGUAUGCCAGCACAUACGUUAAACUCAUAUCCAUCCUACAUUUCCCUCACCUGUCCACGACUUGUUUGUCUCUGAGUGCAGAACUGCAAACACCUCAUAACUCUGUUGAAGGGGGAAGGAAGUAGCACUAUUCAAAUGAACAGGAAUGUACCCAACUAACUGUCUGUGAAUAUUUGAUCAUGAUUUCGGUUCAAAAUAAAGUAUGGUCUACUUUUCA